CCGGGGGGCGGGGCCUGGCCUGCGGGGCGGUUACUCCGGCAGCGCACACCCGGAAACAGUCUCUCCAACGCUCAAAACCGGGAGAAGCGUCACCACUGCGGCCGCCACCGCCCACCGUCACCUCCUCAGUCAUGCCGAGGCACGAGUUCUCCGUAGACAUGACCUGUGAAGGCUGUUAUAAUGCGGUCGCUAGGGUCCUCAACAAACUGGGAGGAGUUCAGUUUGAGAUUGACCUGCCCAGCAAGAGGGUUUCCAUCGACUCUGAGCACAGUGUGGAUGCUCUGCUGGAGACUCUGAGGAAAACGGGGAAGACCGUUACCUAUCUCGGCCCGCAGGACCAGUGAGGACCUGGGCCCUCCGCCUGCAGGAUGGACCAAAGUGGGCAGAAGGGCCACCAUCCUUUCCUGCCUUCCAGACAGAUCUGGAACCUGACAAUCCUGCUCAACAGUGAAAGUUCCUGCGGAGACCCUCACUUGCCCUGCUCCUCCUAGCUUCCCUGCAAUAAAGUUGAGCAGCUUUUGUUGGA